GGAGCUUAGAGGACUAGGUGUGGGACCUGGGUGAUCCUGAGGGGCUCAGAGAUUUGGGAGCUUCAGGCCAGGGCUUUUCUCUGGGUCAUAAGGGGGCUGGAGGGCUUGGGGCCAUGGGGGCUGGGGAGUCUGAGCUUCAGGGCUCUGAGGGGCUGGGGGCCCAGGGGGCUGUGCCGGCCUGGGCUCCUGAGCCUGUUUUCCUGCCCUGAGCCCAGCGGUUUCCAUGAGAGCCGUUUGUUUCCCCAGGCUGUAGAGCCUGCGGCAUUGCCAAGGGCUGUGGUGGAGCCCUGGGAGGGGAGGCCAGGGCUGCCAGGGGAGAGGGUUUAGGGACAGUGUGGGUAAUAAAGAGAUAAAGUAGUCUGGUCUUUUGCUGGAUCAGCUCUGGGGCUGGCAGGAUGCAGAAGGGAAAAGGUGGGAAUGUGCUGCCCUGAGCUGGGAGGGGCACCCAGCUGUUUCUGUGCCCCCUGAGAGGGCACGGGCACUUCUGAAGGAACUCUUAGCAGGGGGAGGAUCCCUUGGGGGCUGCUCAGGUGGUUCUUCAGCAUCCCAGCCCCGUGUGGGGUGAGCUGGACCUCCACCCUGCACAGAUGGGUUUGUUCUGGGCCCCUGUGAUCCUCCGGCAGCCAUGGCUGUGUGAAGUGAAGCAGCCUGGGAUGGGCAGCAGGGCUUUUCCCUCCCUUUAGUCCUCGGCUGGAAUCCUGGCCCAUAAAUGUGACAGCAGCCCAUGGGCUGGGUGAAAGCAGUGAGGAGCUCUCCUGGAGUCUCUCCAGGGCUGUGCUUGGCUUAUUUGCCAUGUGGCAUUUGGAGGUUUUGUCCUGUUGGGGAGCAGUUCCGGCUCUGAGUGCCGGUGUUUGCCGGAGCUCCUGGUUCCAGGCUGGCUGCUCCAUGCCUUCCCCUCUGUGCUGUGCUGUGCUUCCAGGGCUCCUUCCUGCUGCUCCAGCAUGAAGAGCACGCGGAGCUGCUGCUCCGUGCAGAGCUCUGACGUGGCAGAGCUGAUCCUGACGGGGCUCCCGGCGCCGGUGUCGCGGCGCCCCGGCAGCGCCUCUCCCGCCAAGCUCAUGGCGCGCUCCGUGUCCGUGGCUGCCGAUGGCAAAGCCAAGAGGAACGCCCCGGAAGAUGCGGGACCCCGGGCCAUGAACAACCUGCGCAGGUCCAACAGCACCACCCAGGUGAACCAGCGGGUGAACAGCUCACACAGCUCGGAGCAGACAGGAGACUUCCUGGCCUUCUUUGAGGGUGACCCAAUAGGAAGGAAGAAACUGGCAGCUCUGAGCAAAACCUCCCCGGAGAAGAAAACCACAUGGAAUAUCUUGGAUGACCAGCCCCGAGUGUUCCCGGGCCCCUCUGGCUCCCACGGCUUCGAGCCGCCCGCGGGCAUGAGGAGGAAGGAAGCCACAGUGCUCCUGGCUGCCAACUUCACUGCCAACAACAGGAGCAACAAGGGCGCAAUGGGCAACUGCGUCACCACCAUGGUGCACAACAACUACUCCACUGCUGAGAGGGGCCCUGCUCCCAAGAGCUCCAACCAGGCUCCCAGUUCCCUCAACAAUGUCGUCAAAGCGGCCUCAAACGAGGACGGGGAAGGCAGCAGCAGCCUCGUGAAGUCUCAGAAGAAUUUCUCCAGCAACAACAUCAUGACCCACAACAACAACAGCAGCAGCAGCGUUCCCCGGAGGAGGGAAGUGACUGAGGAAGAGGCUGAGAGGUUCAUCCAGCAGGUGAACAUGGCUGCUGUCACCAUCCAGCGCUGGUACCGGCGGCACUCGCAGCGGCACAGGACGGCGGCUGCGGCUCUGGGACGCCUGAUGGCUGCCAAGAGGGAGGAAAGGCAGCAGCGGAUGGAGGAGGGGAAUAUCCUGGAUUUGCAGGAGAGGAAGGACGAGGAGCGACGCAAGAUCCGAGAGGAGAAGGCACGCCUGGCCCGGCACACUGCCAUCCAGGAGCUGCAGCAGAAAAGGGCCCAGAAGGCCUCGGAGACGAAGCGCUCGGCAGAAGAGCAGGUGCUGGUGAAGGAGAGCAGGAGGGUGCCCAAGAAGAAGCCUGGUGCCAAACCUGCCUCAGCCAGGAAUGCCAGCCCGGCUGGCAGCCUCACCAAAGCCAACAAUGCCGAGGCCAAUUCCCCCUCGGCAGCCUCGGAGCUGGAAGGAAGCAGCCUGGGAGCUCUUGGCUCCGUGCCCUUGCAGGACCCCGGGGCAGAGGACAAACUGCAGGAUGUGAGCUCCAGGGAGACAGGUAACGAGGACCUGGAGACAGCAGUGGCUGCUGGCAGCAGGGCUCCAUCCAAGGUCACACUCAACGAGCUGCUGGACACGCUCCGGCUGCUGGAGGAGGAGCCAGAGCUGCUGCCCCCACCCAGGCUCCUCAAGAAGGACAGAUAUGCCUGGAUGGACAGGCAGGAGUCCAGCUCCAACUCCCUGACUGCUGAUAACCUGGAGAAGUUUGGGAAGCUGAACCACCCUCCAGGGGUCCCCGAGGACGGGGCUCUGCUCUCAGAGGCCAAGCUCCAAAGCAUCAUCAGUUUCCUGGAUGAGAUGGAGAAGUCAGAGCAGGAGAGGCCCAGGUCAGCUGCCUCAGCCACGCAGCGGGAGAGUUUCCUUUUGGAAGAGGAGCUGGCUCACGUGGAGCAGGUGUCGGCGGUUGCCACAGAGGUGACAAGCUCCAUGAUGAGGCUGAAGCUGGAAGUGGAGGAGAAGAAGAGAGCCAUCAGCCUGCUUCAGACUGCUCUGACCCAGCAGCGGGAACUGACUGACCGACACGUCAAACAGACCGAGAAGGAGCUCAGCCAGCAGCUCAGGCUGCAGAGGGAGCAGUAUGAGGCAGCUAUCCAGAGGCACCUGGCCUUCAUUGACCAGCUCCUCGAUGACAAGAAGGUGCUGAGUGAGAAGUGUGAGGCCGUGGUGGCAGAGCUGAAACAAGUGGACCACAAGUACGGCCAGAAGAUCACCCAGAUGCAGGAGCAGCAUGAGCUGGAGAUUAAGAAACUGAAGGAACUCAUGAGCGCAACUGAGAAAGUCCGGCGGGAGAAGUGGAUUGAGGAGAAAACCAAAAAGAUCAAAGAAAUCACUGUGAAAGAGCCAGCCAGGGGCACCAGGUGGGAUCCAGGCCGAGCCGUGCCCGUCCUUCCCCCUGUCCCAGGGCUGGAGCCGGAGAUCCAGAAGCUCAUGGCCAAGCACCGCGAGGACAUCCGGCAGCUGAAGCUGCUGCACGAGGCCGAGCUGCUGCAGUCGGACGAGCGGGCGGCGCUGCACUACGGGCGGCAGGCGCAGGAGCUGCGGGGGCUGCUGGAGCGGGAGAAGGAGGAGCAGAGCCAGCGGGAGCGGGAGCGGGCCCGGCAGAGGUGUGAGCAGCAGCUGGAGCAGGAGGAGCAGGCACUGGAGCUGCAGCGGCGCCGGCUCUAUGCCGAGGUGGCCGAGGAGAAGGAGCGGCUGAGCCAGCAAGCAGCCAGGCAGCGAGCAGAGGCAGAGGAGCUGCGGCGGCAGCUGGAGGCCAACAGCUCGGCCCUCACCCGGGCACUGCGGGACGAGUACACCAAGGAGAAGGAGGAGCAGGAGAGGCGGCACCAGGCAGAACUGAAGGUGCUGAAGGACCAGCUGGAGCUGGAGAAGCAGGCCUGGGAGGCCAACUACGUGAAGAAGGAGGAAGCCUGGCUGCUGUCCCGGGAGCGGGAGCUGCGGGAGGAGAUGAGGAAGGAGAGGGACAAAGAGAUCGAGCUGGUGAUCCAGCGCCUGGAGGCCGACACAUCCUUGGCCAAGGAGGAGUGCGAGAGGGCAGCGGAGAGCAGGAUCAAGAGGAUCCGAGACAAGUACGAGGUGGAGCUGCAGGAGCUGGAGCGGUCGGAGCGGAAGCUGCAGGAGCGCUGCAACGAGCUCAAGGGGCGGCUGGCCGAGCUGGAGGGGGAGAGCAUGCGGCUGCAGGGCCUGCUGAAGCACAAGGAGCAGGAGCUGGAGGAGAUGCGGAAGGAAUUUGCGGACAGGCUGGUGGGGAUGGAGGAGGAGAACGCGCGGCUGAAGGCAGAGAUGGCGGAGCUGAGGGCCCGGCAGCACCUGGAGCUGGACAGACUGGUGAGGGAGAAGGACCAGGAGCUGGAGGAGGUUCACAGGAGGGUGAAGGCGGCCGUGCUGAGGAAGGAGGAGAGCAUGAGCAGCCUGCGGAAGCAGUACGAGGUGAGUGGGGGCUCCCCGGGCCUGCCCUGGCUGUGGCUGGGCGGGCACUGCGAGCUCCCUGUCCCCUGUGCUGUCCCCUGUGCUGUCCCCUGUGGCAGGCGGCCGUGCAGAGAGCCAGCCUGCUGGAAUCGCUGCUGCAGCGGCAGCGGCAGCUGGCUGCGGAGUGACCGUCCUGCCGGGCAGGGAGCGGGGCUGGCGCCGGCCUCGGGGCCUCCCCUCCCUCCUCCCCUCUUCUCCACAGCCUGGUCCCAAUGCCCUGGCCGUGCUGGGACACCUGGUGACCUUUAGAUGGUUGGGAGUUUUGUUCUGAUAAUAAAUCUCUGC